GCAGCGCCGCUCCCGACGCACCCACCCAGCGGUACCCGCCGCGCAGGACUCCCGACGUAGCUGCCAGAAAAACUCUCUCAUAUGCCGAGAACCACGCCGCACGCUGACCAGUCGAGUGUUUUCUUUCGGCUGAAUACUGAAGCUGCCGCCCUUCUAGAGGGAUUUAACUUCUGUGCGGUUCUGUGCAGGAAGCAUUAAGUUUUUGUAGGCGGUGUUAGCGGUUGCGUGUUUGCAGUCGGACGGUCGUCUCUUCUGGAUACCCCGAGCUUCACGCUUGGAUAGCGUCUGUCACUUACCAACACACGGUGAUGGAAGACCGGGAGCGGCCGUCUCUAGCGCGCAAUCCCCACUCAUGGGCCACUGAGCAACUUUAGCGCCACUACCAGCCACUUUCAUCCGCGGGUGCUCAGCGGAACACAUCUACGUGCGGGGGAUUCGCUAACACAACCUGCACUGGACACGGACCAACUACCGGAACGAGCACAGCUGGACAUCGGGGGCUUCACUCAUGUGAAAAACGAUAUUAUCUAUUUUCUCGGGCGCGUGUUUGCGGAAGAAAUCGUCGGACAGAAAACCGCCAGAAAUUAGCUUUUGUAACACAAGAGCGAGCGCGAUGUAGUUUGGUAGUUAAACGGAAGGCCAUUCAGCACCAAGGACGGAGACGGGAUCGAAGGAACACCGGUGAACCGAUAUCAGUAGACGGACCAACAGUUGGUCAGUAAUCCUUCUACUUUACCGCAGCCGACGGUUCCGGGUGUUCUCAUUAACUUAGAAUGGAUUUUCGGCUGCUCCUCGCGUUCGGACUGGCCCUGGGGUGGCGAGGGGCCGCGGGACAAAACGAUAUCGGGCUGACCAUACCGGACUCGGUCAAGGCCGUGAUUGGAGAUCCGGUCACUCUCCCCGCGACUUACACCACAAAGAACCAGGUCAUAUCGGUAGCGUGGUUCAAACUUGACCGCCAGGACAGGGCAAAGAGGACGCUGAUCUACUCCUACUAUCCCAUCUCCGGACGGGGAGACGUGGAGAGCGCUUACGCCGGCAGAGUGGAGCUUGUCGGGAAGGCGUCCUUGAGAAUCAAACGGACCAGACUGGAGGAUGACGGGACAUACGUGCUCCUGGUCAUGGUUGAAGGGUCAGGGGUCGCCGACGGCUUCGUCACGCUGUCCAUCAUGGUACCCCCUGUUGUCAAAGUGGGACCGUCCGAUCCUUACAUCACGGCCUGGGGUAGGUCCGGGGUCCUGACAUGCGCUGUGAAGGACGCCAGACCCAACAUUACGUCACUACACUGGGAGAAAGAUGGCGAAGUCAUCGACUCUCUGAGAUACAGCACCAAGUAUUCAGGAGGAACGCUGGCCUCUCCCGCGCUGGAAAUACGGCACAUCAGCAGGACCGACUCAGGCGUUUACGCUUGCGUGGCCGGUCAUACCGUGCGAAGCUCAAGUGCAAGUUUAAGGAUGAAAGUUCUCUAUCCCGCCUCCAUAAUCAGCAUAUCUGAACCCGUGACGGCCACGGUGUCAGACAGCGUCACUCUGCAGUGUGUGGCAGACGGCAACCCUCCUCCUAACAUCACGUGGUCCAGGAACGGAAUACUCAUGCGCAGUAACGUGGGCACGGUACCACGUGAUGUUAUCAUCGGGGCUAUCCAACUGAAGAACGUCCAGACUAACGACACGGGGACGUAUCUCUGUAAGGCCAGCAAUGGUGUCGGGGACAUUAGCACACGGUCCACAGCACUCACCAUUAAAGGGUUGAGGGACCGGGUUGGCGCCUCCACAGUUGCCGUGAUUGUUGGCCUGACCGCGGGGCUCCUGUGGCUGGUGGUGUGCGUGGGCCUGGUGGCCUAUCUGGUCAGGCGGCGCCAGCGGCAGAAGGAGAAGAAAAAGUUCGCCUUCUACUACAACAUGGGCAGGAGGGAGCCUGGUGUAGGAGACGGAGGGGUGGAGGAGGACAAGGAGCCGCCGCCGUACACUGCAAUGCCCGCCAAACCUGAAACGAAGACAUCAAGAUAUGGUGGCAUCAACACCGUACGGAGAUCAUUAGGGAAGAAAGACAGGAGAUAUGCCCGGGCCUUAUAUGGUUAUCGGCCCCGAGAAGACAAUGAACUGACCCUUGAGGUAGAUGACGUCAUCGAGGUGCUGGAGGGGGAAGAUGGCGGCUGGUGCCUGGGUUACCUGAGGGGCAGGAUAGGCCUGUUCCCCUCCAACUACGUCAGAUUCAUUUCCGGAAGUGAAGCUCUGGCUAUGAAGUCCGGAGGAGCCUGCCAGAAUGUUGUGCUGCAGGAGUCUGUCGGCUCCCAGCGGAGCAUAUGAAGAAAUACGCCAAGAUUGUGUUCCAUAAGGAUGGUAACAGUUCAGCUUAAUAGGACCCUUUAUCAAACACGGUGAGAAAGACUCCAGAGAUGAACACACGGCACCCAGGUUCUUAAAGAAGAUGAUCGUUUCCCCACGAGGGAACGUCUGGAAGAAGCCACUGUACGUGUGUUAUAGACAUCUGCUUCAUGCGGGCAAGAAUCAUUUGGACGUAUAAAUGACUAAGGAUUAAAGUUGCUUUCAAAGUCAAACAAUCUUUCUACUUAAAAUCAGCUUUAAUGUCACUCAAUCUCCAUACAGGCACAAAUCCAGGAAGGGUGAUAGAUAGAUACUGUACGAGGCCCGUGUAACCUGGUUUACCGCGUGUUUUGUUAAUAUACUUACAGUAGAGAGUUCAAAAUCAUGGCGAUCCGUAUAACCAGCUGAAUCAUAUUGAAGGUGACAUGGUGCCACAUGCUUGUAGGCUGAUCGGACUGAUUCGUUAACUCACGUCGACGUUUCGCGAAGGUUGUUGUAUCCGAUUCUGGCAGAUAGCAAGACGUGCUGACUGUCUUGAACAUAUCACAGUAACGAUAAUGUAUUUGAUAAUUCAUAAGGAGAGAAGGCGAUCGCCACGGCCUAUCAUAUUCACGUUUGCAGACAAACUCGAUAGCUCAAAGAUGCUGAUGAAGUCUGAUGUUUUCAUUGUCCCCCAGCGACACUACGCACGCUCCUUGAGAGUGGAAUCAGGCAUUAGGAAGUUAUUACGAGUCUCUUGUGUAGUUGAUAGAUGACUGCACAGGUGAUGCAAUUGUACCCACGGCACACAUAAGAACGUCUAGCGCCAUCUUGUGACGCUUGCUGCAGUUGUAGG